AUGGUGAGAGGCGGAGCCACAGCACGAACACGAUCGGGGAUGAUGUUGUUCCUCUCUAGAAACUCGUGUGAUCGCAAAACGCGUUUUCCCAUGAUGUGCCGUAGCGAUCCCUCGUUCAGCGCCCUGAAAAACGUCCUGGCUACUAAUGAUCAGGGGCCUUUUGGGCCCCCAGCGGUCAAUCCUGCCGCCGCCCUGGCAGAGUAUCAGCGGUCAAUUCAGAUUUACGAUUAUGGUCGGCUGCGAUUCCAUCCGUUUGGUAUACCGUACAGUCUUGCUGGGGCAUUUCCAGACACCGCGCAGUACUUUUCCAGUCCGUUCGUCAGGUUUGAUCCCAGGGCUGCCAGAUUCGCAACCGAGGAACCCAAGCCCCAGCACAGUUAUAUCGGGCUAAUUGCCAUGGCCAUUCUAAGUAUCCCAGAGAAAAAGAUGGUGCUGUCCGAUAUCUACCAGUUUAUCCUGGAUCACUAUCCUUACUUUCGGAAUCGCGGUCCUGGCUGGAGGAAUAGCAUCCGUCACAACCUCUCACUCAAUGACUGCUUCAUAAAGGCUGGGCGCAGUGCAAAUGGAAAAGGCCAUUACUGGGCAAUUCAUCCUGCUAACAUUGAAGACUUCAAAAAGGGCGACUUCAGACGGCGAAAGGCGCAGAGGAAGGUCCGAAAACACAUGGGACUCUCCGUGCCAGACGAUGAUGACAGUCCUGCUCCAACACCUCCACCCAGACCACCUCUCGAGACAUCGACAUCACUUGUUGAUCCUCAACGACAUCAGAAGAUGCUACAGGCACCACCUCAGAAACUAAACCUUGGACGCCAAAAGAGACAGUUUGACAUGGAAAGCCUUCUAGCUCCGGAUCCUGCACCUUCUUCGGGGUCGCCCCAAGGUCUAAUUGAAUGUGACAGCCCCCGCAUGAACUCCUUCAAUCCUUCUCCGGGAUCGGAGAGUCCCAAAGAAGUUCUGCCUCAAGGCUAUUUUCAGCAGCAACAAUCUCAACAGUCACCCUCAGCAAUGCGUCGUGCCAUGCAACAGUGGACAGUAUCUUUGCCUCUACAAAAUGUUGCCGGUUUGCCCCAAAGAAUGAACACGUUUGCGCCAUUACCAUGCUGGUCGUCGGCCGCCCAGGCAGCUUCACUACUCACUUACUCUAUGUCAGGCCGGGGCGCAACUUCUGAAAUUAGUCCAUGCGGAGCGGCUCCUGCCCAGAAUGCCCUCAUUCAUCGAUGGCAGGAUUCUGUGGGUCGGAUAAGCCUCCAAAAUGAUAACAAAGUAAUCGAACAGUGAUGUUGAAUUUUCACUUCAAACUGACAUGUAAUGGACAGAUAUGUUAACUAUGUGGACAUGGUCAAGCAGUGAACGGACAUGUGAACUAAUAAAUCAGAUACUGAUUGAUUGAACAAGCAAAAAAAGUUAUAAGAAUAUAUUUAGACAAGUAUGUUCGUAUUAAUUCCAAUUUCAAAUGAAAAGAGGGCUGAAAUAUAAGCAGGUUUGUUUCUUCUUAACAAUUAAUUCAUACCUGUAACGAACACGUAACCCUCCAUUUGUGUCAAAAAAUUGUUUUCCUUUUUGUCUUACGCUAAGGCAAGAUAGUCAAUUGAAUAUUUUCUGAAAUACUUGAAAAAAAUACUUUAA